GAGGGCGGCGGUGCUGCGGUUCGCGGGGAGCCGAGCCCCGGCGCGGCGGCGGCUGUGGCAGCCAUGGGGCUGCAGCCCCUGGAGUUCAGCGACUGCUACCUGGACAGCCCCUGGUUCAGGGAGCGGGUGAGAGCCCACGAGGCCGAGCUGGAGAAGACCAAUAAGUUUAUCAAGGAGUUGCUGAAGGAUGGGAAGAACCUGAUCGCCGCGACCAAGAACCUUUCAGCAGCCCAGAGAAAAUUUGCCCAUUCUCUGAGAGACUUUAAAUUUGAAUUCAUUGGUGAUGCAGAGACUGAUGAUGAAAGAUACAUAGAUGCAUCACUCCACGAGUUUUCAAACUUUUUAAAGAAUCUUGAAGAACAAAGAGAAAUUUUGGCACUCAGUGUUACUGAAACUCUGAUCAAACCUUUGGAAAGAUUUAGGAAAGAGCAGCUAGGAGCUGUAAAGGAGGAAAAGAAGAAGUUUGAUAAGGAGACAGAGAAGAACUACAGUUUGUUAGAAAAGCAUUUGAAUUUAUCAGCUAAGAAGAAAGAGCUACAAUUGCAAGAGGCAGAUAACCAGGUGGAGCAGAACAGGAAACACUUCUACGAGCUGUCCCUUGAGUACGUGUGCAAGUUGCAAGAGAUACAGGAGCGGAAGAAAUUUGAGUGUGUGGAGCCUGUGCUAUCAUUUUUUCAGGGUUUGUUCACUUUCUAUCACCAGGGAUAUGAACUUGCUAAAGACUUCAAUCAUUACAAAAUGGCCCUGCAGAUAAAUAUACAAAAUACACGAAAUCGCUUUGAAGGAACAAGGUCAGAGGUAGAGGAGCUCAUGAACAAGAUCAGAAGAAAUCCUCAGGAACAUAAAAGAGCAAAUCACUUCACGAUGGAAGGCUACCUCUAUGUACAGGAAAAAAGACCUGCUCCCUUUGGUUCCAGUUGGGUGAAGCACUAUUGCAUGUACAGGAAAGAGACAAAGAAGUUCUCCAUGAUCCCAUUUGAACACAGAUCAGGAGGGAAAGUUGGUGAUGCGGAACUCUUUGUCCUUACGUAUUGUACCAAAAGAAAUACAGAUACAAUAGACAGGCGAUUCUGUUUUGACUUGGAAGCUUCAGACAGGCCUGGAGUUCCUGUGACCAUGCAGGCAUUUUCUGAGGAAGACAGGAAGCUGUGGAUGGAAGCCUUGGAUGGAAAAGAGGCUCUGCUCAUCAACUUGAAUAAAGCGAAUGCAAAACGAGAGGGAAGUGCACAGUUGGAUAAGAUAGGGUUCACCAUCAUCAAAAAGUGCAUCAGUGCUGUUGAAACACGAGGUAUAAAUGACCAAGGACUGUACAGAGUUGUGGGGGUGAGUUCAAAGGUCCAGAGACUUCUGAGUUUGUUGAUGGAUUCAAAAACCUGCAAUGAAGUUGACCUGGAAAACUCUGUGGAUUGGGAAGUGAAGACAAUUACUAGUGCUAUGAAGCAGUAUCUGCGAAGCCUUCCAGAGCCACUGAUGACAUAUGAGUUGCAUGGAGAAUUCAUCGUUCCUGCCAAAAGUGGGAGUCCUGAAUCUCGAGUCAAUGCUGUUCACUUCCUGGUCCACAAACUCCCAGAGAAGAACAAAGAGAUGCUGGAAAUUUUGGUGAAGCAUUUAGCGAAUGUUUCAAAGCAUGCCAAGAGGAAUCUAAUGACUGUGGCAAACCUAGGGGUAGUAUUUGGACCAACCUUAAUGAGGCCACAGGAAGAAACCGUAGCAGCCAUCAUGGACCUGAAGUUUCAGAAUAUUGUCGUUGAAAUCCUGAUAGAAAAUCACGAGAAGAUUUUCAAAACCCUGCCUGAUGCUACUUUCCCUGAGCCAAUCUCUAUGUCAGUGUCUCCUCCAAAUGCCCCACCAAGGCAGUCAAGAAGACAGGGACAGCGUAUUAAGAGGCCUCUGGCUGUUUACAAUCUCUGCCUGGAGUUGGAUGAUGGUGACAGUCACAGCUCUCCCAGAGAAGACACCCCAACUGGGAGCAUGGAUUCUCUUUCUUCCCAGUCUCCAACACCUGCCUUCUCCAGCAGCCCCCCUGGGCUCUUGGAUGGAAAUCACCUUAUCACGGACAGCGGAGAUCUUGCAGGCUGGACAGCAAAUCUUCCUGCCCAGAGCCGCCCGUCGAUGGUCUCAUGGAUGAAUAUGCCAUCUUCUAACCCGGCUGCCCCAAAUACUGCACUACCCACUUUCUUCUUCCCCAGCCCUGCCGCUGGCACUGACAGAGCAGUGGAAAGUGUUGCCCACCGAAAAGCAAGAGCAGUUUAUCCAUGUGAAGCAGAACACAGCUCUGAAUUGUCAUUUCAGAUAGGAGCAAUAUUUGAAGAUGUGCAAUUUUCCAGAGAGCCAGGAUGGCUAGAAGGCACAUUAAAUGGCAAGAGAGGACUUAUUCCACAAAAUUAUGUUCAGUUUUUAUAGCUUUGUGCAUUGAACGCCAAGAAGGUGUACAUGGUAUCCAUGGAUUUUUGUUCUAGUCACUUGUCUCUACUUUUGUGACUGCUUUUAAUCAGUGAAGAGCUGGACUAUGGACUGAAGAUUUUAAACUGUAUAAAGAUAUUAAGUGUUGCCAAAUCUGAAUUACAGAAAAAAAAAGAUUCUUCGAGGGUUGGAAUGGGUGGGGGGAGCAAGAAAGAGGGAUGGAGGGAUAGGUUAAUUUUUUAAUAGGGUGCUUGUUUUUCAGCUGUAAAGAGCAGUAGUAGUAUGUUUGUUUGCAAGACAAAUAGCUUUUGAAGUCAAGUACUUGGUUGAUCUGUGACUCAACUUAGUGUCCUGGAGAUUAUGCUUUGAUAACCAGCAUUUUUAACAAAAUGUGGGGGUGGAGAGGCCCUGGUAUAGGUUGCCCAGAGAAGCUGUGGCUGCCCCAUCCCUGGAAGUGUUCAAGGACACUUGGGUGUUGGAUGGGGCUCUGAGCGACCUGAUCCCAUGGCAGGGGAUUGGAACUAAAUGAUAUUUAAAGUCCCUCCCUACCCAAACCAUUCUAUGAUCAUUUUAGGUUUGGAAGAUACUGAUGGUUAAGAAAAGCUAUCAUGCUGACAAAUUAUAUUUCAGAAUGGAAUAGCCAGUGCAGAACAGACAUCAGUAAGUAAAAAUAAUAGUUAUCAAGACAUGACAUUUUUCAAAUGUCUUCAAAGAGCACAUUCGUUUAUGUUGCGUGUAUGAUUUCAUUUAUCUUAUAAAGAUAAGACACAUGAACUUUUAUUACAGGCUCCUAUAUGUCAUGGUUCCUUUGCUACUCAGAAAUAUCACGGUAAAUGAAAUAAAACGUUAUUUGUUAUUUGACUUGUCAUUCCUAUGUUGCACAGUAUUUUGCUCUGGUUCUGGAAGUUGUGGCAUGAAAUAGUUAUUGGCAGCUCUGUGCAGUCAGCCUCCUUUUGGAGUUAGGCUCCAAAAGGGAUGGGGAGCUUUCCUCACACAAAAUAGGCAACUCUGGAAGUUCAAGCCAAAAGGGAAAAGAGAAUCUCUGGCCACAGAGAUUUUUUUACAUCCUGGAGAAUUCCUGCAUUUAUCUGUUGUCUGUUCUAGCUGCUUGUUCACCUUGCCUGUCUUCCUUCCCUGUAAUUGUCAACUUCAGGGUGUUACUGAUGCUUCAAAAUUUGUAGAACUUUUAAAAAGUUACAUGCAGUUUAUCACUAA